AUGUGCGGCGUGCUUCCGUUCGACGUGAGCAUGACGGCGCGCCUUACAAUGGGCUACUGCCACGCGGCGCUGCUGCCCGCCGCCGCGUCGCUGCUGCGCUUGCCCGAGGGGAGCCGCUUCCGCGCCCAGCAGUACCACUUCAGCGAGGCGACCGCCGACGGCCUGCCCGCGGUGAUCGUCGACGCCAGGACCGGCGGCGGCGCGGGGCUGCGGGGCGUCGAACACCCCGCCUUCAGCGUGCAGAUGGAGCGCGUCGUGUCGCUCCUGCCGUCGGCCACCGAGAUGGUGGCGGCGGUGCUGGGCGAGGCGGGCGCGGCGGCGCGGAUCGUCGGGGACACGUGCGCCGCGUGCGACGCCGCCGAAGGCUCGCGCGCGGUGCUGGCCAGCGCCGGGGAGGAGGCUGCGAGGCCGCGCCUGUUGGGUCUGGAGAGCCUCUUCCCCCUGACUCUCGCCGCGCUGCUCCACCCCGCCGCGCUGCCGCCCGCACUCGUCGCCUCGGCGACUGCUGGUGCGAUGCGGCUGGUGGCGGAGCCGGAGGCGGACGGACCCCCCGCGCUGCUCCCGCCGUACAAGUGGCGCGCCGCGUCGCUGGUGCAUACCGACGACGGCCGGCUGAUUGUCUUUGGCGGCGAGGCGGCGGUGGACGAGCCGCGCGAGCGACGCGGGCUAAAGGACGUUUGGUCGCUCGGCGCGCCGCCGAGCGGCUGGGCCGCCUGCUCGUGCCCCACGCCCUCGUGGGAGGCGUGGCAGUGCGGCGCCACCGCCAACGAAGACGUGCCCACCGCGCGCUCCAACCACGCCGCCGCCGCGUGCGGCGGCCACCUGCUCGUCUUUGGCGGCUGGAACCCGACUCUCGCCUACUCGCCGGCGCGUCACCUGGCGGUGCUCUACGGCGGCUGGGACGGCAGCAAGCGCUUCGACGACGUCUGGUGCCUCGACAUGGACGUCUGGCGCUGGCACCGCGCCGCCACCGCCUGCGACGGGCCGAGCCCGCGCACCGACCACGCCGCAGUGCUGUGGGACGCGGGCGGCGGCGACGAGCGAUUGCUCGUCUUUGGGGGCUCGACGGGGCGGGGCUCGUCCGACGAGCUCUGGAGCCUCGACUGCUCCGGCGGCGAGCCCGCGCGGUGGCGGUGGGCGCGCUUUGGCGCGGCGGCGACGGCGGCGGACGGUGCGUGGCCGCCGCCGCGCUCCUCGCACGCCGCCGCCCUCGCCGGCAGUGGGCCAUCGGCUUCGCUGGUCGCGCUCCACCGCCUUGCGGUGCGCAGCCAGCCGCCUCGCGACACGUACAUCGACCCGGACACCGGCUACAGCGUCUUCACCCAGGCGUACCUCAAGCGGCGCCCCUGCUGCGGGAACGGCUGCAGACACUGCCCGUGGGGGCACGUGAACGUGCCUGGCCGGAGGCGGUCCGAGGCGGAGCCGGAGGAAGAGGACGGACUGGACUGGUGA